AUGCGUGCCAAAUCCCACACUCCUGGCGGCGCGAACUCCUUGGGGCCCGAUGUGAUCAUCAACUCCGUCGACUCCUACCGGAUCCGCAUUGCGGUCUCUGGCACCUCCCUCGAUAAAUACCCUGCCAAACAGCACGCGCGCAAGGUCGCACGCAAACUCGGCGUCUCGCAUGGCCUGAUCUUUCUCGCCGGUCAACCCACCGUAAAUUGGCGCGACUCCGACCAAUCGCGACCGUUCCGACAGCGACGAUACUUCUAUUAUCUCAGUGGCGUGGAUGAGCCCGACUGCUCUUUAACAUACGAUGUCGCAUUGGAUAUAUUGACGCUCUACGUGCCGGACUUUGAUCUGCACCGGGCGAUCUGGAUGGGACCGACCCUUUCGCGCAAGGAUGCCCAGGAUCGAUACAAUGUUGAUCGGGUUCUCUAUCAGUCAUCGCUGAAGCCGGAAUUGGAGUCAUGGUUGAGCCAGCGAGUCCAGAACAGCGCCUUGUAUGUGGUGCACAAGUCGGAAAUACCUGAAGGGCUACCGACAGAGCUCCCUCUGGACACGAAGCAACUCAUGCCCGCCAUGAAUGCGGCUCGAGGUGUCAAGGACGAAUACGAGAUUCGCAUGAUCCGCCAAGCCAAUAAAGUGUCGGGACUAGCACAUCGGAGGAUCUUGGAAAGCAUCCAGAAGAUGACGAAUGAGUCGGAGAUCGAAGGGUUGUUCCUCGAAACUUGCAUCUCUCAUGGCGCUCGGAAUCAAGCGUAUCAGAUCAUCGCGGCAUCCGGCCCGAACGCGGCUGUUCUCCACUAUGACCGGAAUAAUGAGUCUCUCUACAAGAAGCCUCUUGUGUGUCUCGAUGCUGGAGCCGAAUGGAGCUGCUACGCCAGUGAUGUGACGCGGACAUUUCCGCUCUCUGGGGAGUGGCCCAACUCGUAUGUCCGGGACAUUUAUAGAUUGGUUGAGCGUAUGCAGGAGGAAUGUAUCAAGCAGAUUCGGAGAGGAACGCGUUUCCUGUCUCUGCAUGACCUGGCCCAUGAUAUUGCCAUUGAUGGGCUUUUGACUCUCGGUGUCCUCAAAGGCGGCAAGCAUUCGGAAAUCCGAGCAUCAGGCGCCUCAAAGGUCUUCUUCCCACAUGGGCUUGGCCAUCAUGUCGGACUCGAAGUCCACGAUGUCUCCGAGUCUUCAAUCAUGGCGAUGCACCCAGACUUUGACCAGGAGCAAUAUGGCCCGGUCUUGAAUGCAACUGCCAGUCUUUCACCUUGCACCGUCUCCGCGCCCCUGCUGGAAGAGGGCAUGGUGGUGACUGUGGAGCCUGGCCUCUACUUCUCACCGCUGGCUCUUGCGAAUGCGCGAAAGCAGCCAUUCGCCAAAUAUAUCGAUUUUGAUGUUGCCGAAAAAUACGUGCCGAUUGGCGGCGUGCGGAUCGAGGAUGACAUCCUGGUGACCACCAAUGGCUAUGAGAACCUUACCACCGCGCCCAAGGGCGAAGAGAUGCUUGCGGUUAUUCGUGGGUCUGCGUAG